CGCCAUGCCGAGGCGAUACAUCUACGCGGACGAGGACAAGGACGACGACGAGCUCAUAUGGGACGCGCUAGGCCGGGGAUCCGCCGCGGGCCGGCACCUCUAUAACCUGUACAACGGCAACACCGACGGGAAGCGCUUCGGGAACAUGCAGUCCGCCUACAACGGAGAGGUUGAGAGCCGAAAGACUGCGGAGGAGCGGCGGCUGCCGAUGGAUGUGGAGGAAGCCAUCAAGCGCGAUGAGGCGUUCCUGCGGUCGACAACGCUCAAGCGAUGGCAGGUGAACGUGCCCGGCGGGUUCACGGGCGCCAGGAAACCCACGGAGGAUGAGGAGCUCCGGCUAAAGUUCGAGGCCCAACGGCGCGCGGGGCAGUCGCGGAAACCCGAGGCGACCAUCCGACGAGAGAUGCGCGCGGACCCGGACUUUAACGGCACCUCGCGCGCGCCGAAACCGUCGAAACCGCUGCUGGGAGAGGCUGAGAAGCGCAGGUUGCAGCGCCUGAGGGAGUUCAACGGGCGGCCGCCCGAGGUGGUCCGCCCGCAGAAGCUCUCGGAGCGGUCAAAGGUCAAAGAGCAGCCGCGGAGGAAAACGCAGAGGGAGCAGUUGGAGGAGUUAUUCGAAGCCGUCGUCGGCGAGAUCGAGGAGCGCGAGGCUUUCCUACACGAGAUGCGCGCGCACGGCAGGGGAGACAGGUACGAGCACGCCAUCAGGGCGGAGAUCGCCGAGCGGGUGAACCAGCUCAGGGGGCUCGACGAACGGCUCAACGCCGCGUGA